AUGGAGAGACCCGCAACGGAGGCGCCCGGCGAAGUGGACAAAGCGCGCCAGCGCGUACUGAGCUACUACCGCCACCUAUUCCCCGGCCUGAGCCAGCAGAAGCUGGACGGUGAGAAGGCGGAAGCGGGCACGGCUGAUUCCCUCGAGGCCGUGCCCACUGUGGCCCUUGACCCGGCCUUCGACCUCUCACCCGAGGCUGUGGGUAAGGGUUGGACCUCGCAGCCCCAGGAGUUCGACUACGAGCUGGAGGUGGAGGGCGAGCUUCCAGCCGAGCUGCACGGCACCCUCUUUCGUAACGGCCCGGGGCUGCUGGAUGUCUACGGCACUCCGUUGGUGCACCCCAUUGACGGCGAUGGCAUGGUAUGCGCGAUCAAGUUCGCGGAGGGAAAGGCCCACUUCCGCUCCAAGUACGUGAAGACCACGGGCUACAUGAUGGAGAAGAAGGCGCAAAAGCUCAUAUUCAAGGGUAUGAUGGGCACUAAACCAUCACCUACCUGGGGCGAGGCUCUCUCGGAGUGGAAGGAAGACGUCAUGAAGUCCAAGCUGCCUGGCCAGCGGUUCAAAAAUCCAGCCAACACAAACGUUUACUACUGGGGCGGCAAACUCCUGGCCACCUGGGAGUCUGGGUUACCGUACCUGCUCGACCCCGCCACGUUGGAGACCAAGGGCAAGGACACUCUCAAUGGAGCGCUCAAUGACUCCCAUUGCCUGGCAGCGCACUUCCGCUAUGAUGCCGCCACUGACCGCCUCGUAAACUUCAGUUUUCAGCUAGCGAUGAGUGGUAAGUGCAAGCUGUUCAUCUACGAGUUUGACAAGGAUUGGAAGUUGCUGAGCAAGCAGAUCCACUCCUUUGAGAGUUACUACUAUUGCCAUGACUUUCUCUUGACGGAGAAUUACUACAUCUUCCACCAAACGCCCUUCUACAAGCUCUCGCGGACCAACGUCGCUAAGAUCAUUUCCGGCGCCUACGCCCCAGGCCAGCUCAUGCGCUACUACCCCGGUGAAUCAAACGCCUGGCGUUUUCCUUGCAAUCCGAAUUGA